GUACAUUUUAUGUUAUUAAAUGCAUAAAGAGUGUUAUAAAAUGUAAUUUUUUAGGCCAAUUUUGACAUGGUUUUUACGAACUGCACCUGCUUUAGUGAAGAUCCUGAGGAGAUGUUAUCACGUUUAAAAUGUGGUUUGAGUAAAAGUGUUAAGAGGCCUUCCUUUAACAUUGAGCUGCAAUUCCAAAAGCCUGUAAUCAAGUUCUUUGUAAAUAUGAGAAUUGUUUUACCGCGACGUCAGGGCGCUGAUUUUACCUUAUUCAAUCUCUCCGGAAUCGAUGGCUGCAGUUUGCUGUCCAAUAAAAACCAGAUCGCCUUCAUCCAACUGGGCCGCAAGCAUAUGGAUCGAUUUAGUAAUGUUCCCAAGCGAUGUCCUUGGCCCAAGGAUGUGUCCUACUACAUCCGUGGAUUCCGGGCGGAUAUGGCUGCCAUGCCAGCAUUUAAUUUCGAGUCGGACAUGAACCUGUGGUUCGACCUGGUGGUAAAUCACCAUAAGCUGAUCCGCGGCUUUAUCCAGAGCAAGGUUCAGCGAAGAAGGAGUCACAAAAAUGCAGCUGGCGAGGAUUAA